AUGAAGUGGUUGAUAGCCGACCGAUGUUCGGACAAGACUAUCACCGUAUUGCUCCUUUUGCGCGAAGCUUCAUUGGUUUGCGACGAGCUCGAUCAAUCCGUCAUGAUUGCAUAUGAGUAUCUUCGUGUUUUGAUAACACGAUCAAUCUUCAAAUCGCAUGAAUUAAUCAUCGAGUUGCUGUAUUUGUUAGCGGCACAUGUCCUACCUGGGAUGGGAUCAUUUAGAUUACAUCUUCCCCUUCUUGCACUUCUGUCCGAACUGCGUGGGCGGGCAGGAUCAAACACUCGGUUGUGCUGGUUGGUGGAGAACGUUAUUAUUUCGCUGUUUUCUCAGGGAAGACUUGGCAGAGAUGGCAUGCCUGUACACAAAUCAACAGGAACACUUAGCCAGCUUCUUGAUGUGAGGUGCCAGGGUGCCACAUUUAUGUUUCGCAGUCUCAUCCGUUCUGGAGCGUCUGACAUUUUCGAGAAAGACGUGUUUAGUGUAUUUGCCUUCGACUUACAUAUUACUCUUUUUGUUUUACCACGCCACAUUUUCGCUGCCGCUCCUUUUGAAACGGCACUAGGUUCAUUGUGUGGGCUUAUCGAAGAGUUUACAACACUAAGCAACAGCAUCGCAGCUACGUCUGAAAUGUCCUGCACUCAACUGGUGAUAAUGAAAAGCUUCGUGGCUCAUGUGCUUAAAUGCACGGGAAAGUAUCGGCAGGCUAGCUCAUUUCUAGGUAUACUCCAAGUCUUUUACAUGAGGAGUAAGAGACUCAGAGUGACCGUGCAUGCCGAUAGGCGCUUGACGACGGACCAGCUUCAUGAUCUCCUUAAAACUGCAACCACCCACCCAAUAAAUUCAGUCUCAGACACGGCUACAGGGAAAUCUGCGAGACUCACCCAGCUGACAGAGGUCGUUCGUAUAGACCGGAGCAUUGCAUUGAAUGUCAAGCUCGGUGUCGGCAAGGUCUGCAGCAGAGCUAGUCUUGGUUCCGAAGAACGACUAAUGGAAGGGAUAGACCUGAACCGCAACAUUUGGGUGUUAGAUAUGCGAUCCCGAUGUGCUGACGAAUUUCUUGCAUGUGGCUAUGCGAACUUUAGGAAGCCCGGGCGUUCGGGGGGAGGCUCGUCUCGUUUAGCCUUGAUCGACGUGCUGCUGGCGGGGGGGGGGCUAGACAUAGAGAGUCACAACUCUGUCUUCAAGUCUGACGUGAGUUGCCACUUGCUUGUGUCGAGACUGGUACCUUCAAGAUCGGCAGUUUCACUCCUCGAGUGGCUUCUUGAUGACCAAAUUGAUCACUACAGACACAAGGUGCCAUCGCCCACAUCUAACUCAGCACUAUGUGAUUCCAUGCUUUAUGUGGCAGCUCCAGAAGCUGACAUUGGAGAGCUUGUCCCCUUUGUAACGUUACGUAUCCUCAGUCGCCUGCUUUACAAAUCAGUACCGACCUUCAUUAUCGACCCAAGCCAAUCCGAAGAAACCUUAGCAAAAAUCAUUGAUCGUGUCCGAUGCACCCCGCGGGGUUUUACCUCCUUGCGGGCGUGGCAAACUGCAACAAUGGGUAUUACCGCACUCCUUCUUUCAAUUGCGUGGUCUAUUGAUGAGGUGCAUAUUCUUGGCCCGGUGGCCAUUUCAGUCCACGGGCCUUAUGCGUUUCUUGCAUAUUUGUUUCGUGUCGGACUAGAUAUACGCAAUCAAAUAUUUGAUAAAACCCAACAUCCAGUUCCCUGGGCAACGGCGCCUCUGAAACGCACUUCUGACCCCACUUCGACAGACAAGCUCAAAACGUUACCUCCUGAGAGCGUGAAAAGACUGAACUUGAUUUUGACAGAGAGAGUCCUGUGUAUCCUCUUGCAGAUAUAUAAAGCCCAGAAACAACGCCGCAUCUCAGGCACCAUCGCUUUUCACAGAGCAGCUCGAGCUAUCUGUUUGAUUUCUAGACUUCGCCAUCUGAUGAGUGCCAAAGACGCACUACUGGCUCAUAUCACCACAACUCACCUGCCGCUAUUAAUGAACUUCAGCAUGAAACUUAACCUUACACUCACUGGAGUCAUUGUUUCUUCCUUUGGGGAUUUUUUGAACUGCGUGGAAACGUCAUCGUCUGUAUUUGAGUUGAUGUGGGAGUACGCCAGGAUUCGUGAGUGUGUACAAACAACUCAGCACACAUAUAACGUUGCCUUCGGUGCGGGAAGCCACGUUUUGGCCUCACUCGAAAAACGCUUUGACAAGAACAUCAAAAGGAAGGCAGGAUUGCAGCGAAUCAGAAGUCAUAGGAGUUUGGCUGAGAUGCGCGCCAUCACGGUGUUGAAUUUUACCAUCUUGCGAAACUCACAGCGGUCUCGUCUACCGACACCCUUGCACAUUACAAUUAUCCGAGCUUGGGUGCGACUGGGACAAUCCGUCAAGUUCUUAGAGCUUCAUCGUGGUAGAGGCAUGAGGGUCGUGGACAGAAUCUGGGGCCAGCUAAGGUCUUCAGCGCCAAUCCCUUCCGUCAAAUUUUCAGUUCGGGGCCCUUCCUCUGAUUAUGCUUGCUUUAAAAAGCCAGGAUUGCGAGUGUCGUGUGCUCUAUUUCGCUUCUUUAUCCGGCCAGCGGCCGGAGGGACGUGUACUACACCUACUAUACUACAGUACAGCACGCUACUCUACCACUACCCCCGGGGAAGCGUCGAGCCGGGAGGGGGCCACCACAACCAGCAGUUUUAUUUGGUGGGCUAUGCUACCCUAACUCGGGACUAUGCUAUCCUCCCUAUGCUGGGACGCUCAUACUGGCCUAUGCUGGCUAUGCUCAGUCUGCCUUAUACUGGCUAUGCUCAUGCUAUACUAUGCUGGUGCUUCAUACUAGCAUACUCGGAUUCUAACAAUACUGGCCUAUGCUGGCUAUGCUCAGUCUGCCUUAUACUGGCUAUGCUCAUGCUAUACUAUGCUGUUUGUGUUGUGCUUUGGUUUUCCGAUAGCCGCGUUGCGUUAUCUUGGAUGAUGCUCGAUGCUAUGUCGUGUCCAUGUAUUGAGUGGACGUUUCUACUAUCGGAUCGUUCAUCAUCUGUUCAUUCAUUGUGCUGUAUUGAUAGAGCAAUUAUCAUUCUGACAGUGACAAUUUGCAGCCAUGGUUCAUGUUCUUUGAUUGCAAUCCACUUGGUAUUCUUGAAGGCUAUGCUGGGACGCUCAUACUGGCCUAUGCUGGCUAUGCUCAGUCUGCCUUAUACUGGCUAUGCUCAUGCUAUACUAUGCUGGUGCUUCAUACUAGCAUACUCGGAUUCUAACAAUACUGGCCUAUGCUGGCUAUGCUCAGUCUGCCUUAUACUGGCUAUGCUCAUGCUAUACUAUGCUGGUGCUUCAUACUAG